AUGACGAAAGAAAAGAAAAAGGACAACGUCAGAUAUAUGGAUGUCGAACUCAACGUAUCGAUGCAUUGCAACGAAUGCGAGAGAAAAAUCGCUAGAGUUAUUUCCAAAUUCAAAGGAGUUGAGACGUUUGUUACGGAUAUGAAUAGUCACAAGGUUGUGGUCACGGGUAAGAUCGAUCCGAAGAAGUUGGUGAAGAAACUCAAGAAGAAGACAGGCAAAAGAGCGAAGAUUGUAGUCAAGGAAGAGAAAGAUGAAGAGUCUAGUAAAGACGCUGAUAAUGAAAAUGUUCUCGAGAUUGAUAUGGAACCGAUUGGUUUAGGCGAUGAUGAAUGGUGUAAUUAUGAUUGGGAGAUGGAGAAAUUUAUGGUGUUUAGCGACGAAAACCCUAAAGCUAUAUGUUCUAUUUCUUAGUCUUGU